ACCCGAAAACCCACACGAACAACGCAUUUUAUUUCAUUUGUUAGUAUUUAUUGAUACAUCAAACGACAUCAAUAAUCAACGUUUGUUUACGGAUAACACGCGUGGUAACGUACCUCUAUCGAGGAUAACGUAGCUUUAAAUUUGUAUUUUUAACUGCACCAGCUUUAUGUGAGGACAAAGGCCUACACAUUGCUCGCUGCUUCCAAAGCAUGUAUCCCUCUUGGGGUAGUAACUAUGGUGGUGGUGGUGGCGGCCAUCAACCACCUUCGCAGCAGCACUUCGGUGCGCCGAGGGGUCAGUCUCCUCAAGGCGAAGGCUUCGGGGGAGGAUUCGGGAGCUAUGCUGCUGCUACACCCGCAGCUGCACCCGGGUCAACGUUCAACAGCCUGCGGGAGCAGCAUCUCCAGCAGAUGCAGCAGCUGCAACAGCUCCAUCAAAAACAGCUCCAAUCUGUGCUGCACCACGACAGGAACGUAAAUGAAAACCCCUAUGGCGGCGGUGGUCCUACGGCGGAGUCGUGGCAAGGCAACUCGGGAUAUGGGUAUGGUUCAACGGGGGCCAGUGCCCCUUCCCCAUACCAAGAUGAGUAUCAGUCCAUGCAAGGCCCUUCCACUUAUCAAGAUGAGUAUCAGUCCAUGGAAGCCGGGGCGCCCAGCCCACAACUUCAGCCGCCGCUGCUGCCACCGCAGCCCAAAGAGACCCAGCUUCCCCCAUCAGAGGAGGACCCACUCCCAUCAGAGGCGAACCCACAGCAGCAGUACUGGUACAAGCAGCAUCUCCAGAACUUGCAGAGGCUGAAAGCAGAGAAGACCAACCAAGGCCAGGGUGAUGGCUCAACGCCCCCACCUCCCAAACCCCAGCCCCACUCGGCUGCAGUCGCCCCUCCCCCUCCAUCGGAACCACCCAAGAACGCCCCUCCACCACCACCACCAAAAGAGGAGCCCCCACCACCACCUCCACCUGAUGACGAAAAGCCUGCCCCCACAAACCAGGACCCAGUAGAGGUGGCCCGCCUACAGCAGCUCCAGAGUGCAGCGGCCCAGUGGCAGCAGGCCCAGCAGCAGAGAGCGGGCUACCAGUACCAAGCCCUGAUGCAGCACCAUGCUCAGCUACAGGCCAUCCUCAACCAGUACCAGCAGUGUAUCCAACAACCUGCACAGCUAGAGACAAUGUCUAGGGCCAUGCAGCUGAGUCACUAUGAGACGCAGCAGCAGCAGUUUGGCCCGGUGUUUGCAGACUGGGGCCGCACCUUCAGCCAGUGGCAAGAGCAGUUCCAGUCCUACCCACAUAAAGACCAGCUACAGGACUAUGAGUUACAGUGGAAACAGUGGCAGGAACAGAUGAACUCCACCUCAGCACACCUACAGGAGAGGGUCACCACACUGCGAGCCAUGCAGCAACAGUACGGAGGCAGCGGCGACAGCGGUGGUCAGUACGGCGCUGACCAAUACAGUAGUAGUGACCGGUAUAGUAGUGGAGGGUACGAGGACCAGUACAGCCAAUAUGGUCAAUACCCACACUCUGGACCGGACUCGCAGAAUCAACAAGGCCACAUGGUGAGCCCAUCCACGCCGUCCCAGCCAGGUAGCCAGCCCUCGUCCACCUCUGGACCCAUGUCCCAGGGCCCUCUACCAGGGCAGCACGGCCCCUCCAACGCCCAAAGCGUGGGAACCCCCACAGGAGAACCACACCAGGGCCCUCCACCCGUGCACCAGGGCCCUCCACCCGUGCACCAGGGCCCUCCACCCGUGCACCAGGGCCCUCCACCCGUGCACCAGGGCCCUCCACCCGUGCACCAGGGCCCUCCACCAGGGCACCAGGGCCCUCCACCAGGGCACCAGGGCCCACCAGCAGGGCACCAGGGCCCUCCACCCGUGCACCAGGGCCCUCCACCCGUGCACCAGGGCCCUCCACCCGUGCACCAGGGCCCUCGACCAGGGCACCAGGGCCCUCCACCCGUGCACCAGGGCACUCCACCCGUGCACCAAGGCCCUCCACCCGUGCACCAGGGCCCUCAGUCAGAGCAGUACAACCUGUCUGGACCCCCUGGUAGAGGGGCAGGCCCAGGAGGGAGAGGGUUGGCCAGACCACCAGGUCCACAAGGAGGACAGCCUCCAUCCUACCAAGGCCCCAGAGGACCAAGGUUUGAUGGUCCGAGAGGGAACGGCCCGCGGUUUGACCAGCAGCAGCAGUCCGUUCAACAGCAGAGGUUCAACGCUCCACCAGGUCCCAGGUUCAACCAGCAGCACCCAAGGUUUGAUCAGUUUGGCCCCAGAGGACCAGGGCCUCGGUUCGGACAGCAGGGGCCCCACUUCGACCACCCCGCGAGACAGAGCCCCCCAGCCCGCUUUGAAAGACCCACUGGUCCCUCAGCACCCUAUAUAGGCCCACAGCCUAAACCAGACACUGGCAAAGACACCAAACUAUCUCAGGGUAAGACUGAGAUGCCACCAGGCUCUAAGCUUCCUGGUAUUAAACCUACUGGGCCAACUAAACCAGUAGCAGACAGUACAACUAAGCAAGGUGAAUUGGCAGAACCAGGAGAUAUGUCAGAGGACAUGUUGGAGUCCCUUGAGGGCUUCUUCGUCCAAAAUGACCCCAUCCCUCAGACGAAAGCAGAGGCUGAUGCUGCUGCUGCUAGUAAGGACUCCACUGCCAAAAAGGAAGAGGUGAGCCCCUCUGCUGCUGCCGGUGCCAAGCACCCCGUGUCCACCAUCACUUCUGUAUCCCCGAAAACCGCUUCCCCUGCCAAGACCGCUCUCAAACCAGGUGGACCGGCCGGGCCGUUGAAGACCAACGUCAAUAACAACAACGGGUCUCGGGGACCACAUGGGCCUAAGCCUCACGGACCGGAGCCGCCGAAGACCGACCCAAUGACCAACCAACCCCCUGGUCUUCUGGGGCUCAUGGGCCGUGGUAGAGGGGGACGUGGCCAGCCUCUAGGGCCUCUAAGAGGGGGGGAGGAUGGAGGUAGAGGACGAGGGGAGGAGGAUGGAGGGAUGAGGGGAGGGAGAGGACGAGGGGAGGCGGACGGAGGGAUGAGGGGAGGGAGAGGACGAGGGGAGGCGGACGGAGGGAUGCGGGGAGGGAGAGGACGAGGGGAGGCGGACGGAGGGAUGAGGGGAGGGAGAGGACGAGGGGAGGCGGACGGAGGGAUCUGGGGAGGGAGAGGGCGAGGGGAGGCGGACGGAGGGAUGAGGGGAGGGCGAGGACGAGGGGAUGCGGACGGAGGGAUGAGGCGAGGGGAGGCGGACGGAGGGAUGAGGGGAGGGCGAGGGGAGGCGGACGGAGGGAGAGGACGAGGGGAGGCGGACGGAUGGAUGAGGGGAGGGAGAGGACGAGGGGAAGCGGACGGCGGGAUGAGGGAAGGGAGAGAACGAGGGGAGGCAGGUGGAGGGAUGCGGGGGCGAGGUGGUCUAUGGGGACGUGGAGGGAAACAGUCGGGUAUCCCAGACUUCAGUCCCAACACUAUCCCUCUGGGAGGUGGGAGGACAGAGGACGACAUGGAGGGGGUUCCUUACGACUACAGACCUCCACAUGAAGAGAUGAGAUCACAACAUGGAGGACCAGAGGAGGACUGGCAGCAGCAGGAGUGGCAACAGGACCCUUCACUGGAGAAACCUGAAGGUCCUCCUCAGCCUGAAGAGGAGAUGUGGGUCCCUGAAGAGCACUACUACCCUCCAGAGGACUACUACGAAGACCCAGGGAGAGGAGGUCCCCCUAUGGGGAGAGGAGAGCCUCUAGACGGGCACCACUGGGAGGAAGCAGAUCCCCCACCUCCAGAGUACUGGGGAGAGGAAGGAGAUCCCUACUGGAUGGACCGGAGGCCCCCUCCUCAUGGCAUGAGAGGAGGCCCCCGAGCCCCCUUCCCCCCUGGGCGUGGUCGCCCCCCACGAGGCAGGCCCGGCUUCAUGCACCAGGGUGGUCCCAGACGCCCCCUUCCUCCUCCUCACGGAGCCAUGGACCCCCAUGACCCUCUAGGAUCCCCCAUGGGGCCUGACGAUGACAUGGACCCUCUGGGACCCCCGCUGCAUCGGGACUACAACCCCCGAGGGCCGACCAUACACCACGAUAUGAUGGAGCGAGACAUGAGGGGGCGGCCUCCUCCGCCUAGAGAGAUGAUGGACAGAGAUCUGAUGGGUCCUGGUGGACAUCCUCCAUACCACGACAUGGAGAGGGACCCUGGCUGGCCCCCGGGCCCUGGACGACCCCCCCACCUCGGCAGAGACGGGCCAAGAGGUCCCCCUCCGCCUCCCCAUGAGAUGAUGGAGCGGGGAGGAAUGAGGAGGCGUCCGAUGGGCCCUCGGGGCGCCCCGAUGGGCCGGGGCAUGAUGCGGCACCCACCUCGCUCACUCGAGGACUUGGAGGGGUACCCCCAUGAGGGUUAUGGGGAGGAGUUUGGUGGUCCCGGUGAUGACGGGUAUGGAAGAACGCUGCCGCCACGUGACUGGCCGGACCACCCCCCACAUGAGUACGACUGUGAGGAGGAGUAUUAUCCCCAGGAGCCUCCUCCUCGUGUUGGGGAGUGGGAUAGGGAGAGAGGAGGACCACUACCAGAGAGAGACUAUUCUCCCUACCCUCCCCGCGGUCCUCCACCUCCCCCAGACCGUUUCAGAGAUGACGAGUGGGCCGAUGAGAGAGACCGAGACCAUCUUCCAUACCCUUACGAGGGAGACGGAGACCGUCCUCCAUACCCCUACGAGGGAGAAGAGCGUGGAAGAGGAGGAGAGCUCCGAAGUCGUGACUUCCCGGACGACCCUUCGUACAGGCACGAUAAACCCCCCUACCCAUCCCCUGCAGAAUGGGAGAGACCCAGACCACCCCUUUCAGAGAGAAACUACCCCCCAGAUUUUGAGGACCAUAGGCCCCAUUACGACGGGCGACCUGAGCCCCCUAGAUCAGAUCUAGGUAUCCCUCCAUCCACAACUUCCCAGACCCCUGCUCCUCCCAGUACUGGACCAGACAGUUCCUCGGAACCAGCCUCACAGGGAACUGGACCGGGCAUACUGGCUCUGUCACAACGCCAACAUGAGAUCAUCCUGAAAGCUGCCCAGGAGCUGAAGCUCAUCCGGUCUGUUUCUCUGGUACUGAACAGAGAAAUGCAUGAGAAUAAGACUGAGGGAGAGGCCCUACCCAUCAUGUCUGACCCCAAGACGGAGCUCCCUGCUGGGCUACUGGGGUUAGAGAUACCCCCUGAGGUCCGGAGUGCCCUCCAGGCAACCAACCUUAUGUCAGGUCCUACUAAAAUGGUGCCAUGGGGAGACACCAAGCCUCCAGAUACUGGUUACUUGUCCACGGCUUCUCCAGUCAUCCCCAAGACUGUGGACUAUGGACAUGGACAUGACCUUGGUGCUGCCACAGUGGAACGGAUCUCUUACGGCGAAAGGAUUGUGUUGAGGCCCGAUCCCUUACCUGACAGAGAGAGGAGCUAUGAAAAAGAACCCCUGAGACACCCCUACCACAGAGACCUGUACUACGACAGACGACCGGGAGACCCCUACAUGGAGUGCAGGGAGUACAGCAGAGAGAGGGAGAUGUACAGAGAAAAAGCUCCCAUGGACUUUGAAAGAGAACCAUACGAGAGGGAACGCUACCCGCCUCGAGAUGACAGACCACCCCCCGGCCAUCCUCCACCUCGCCCGGGCUACAGGGAUAGGGACAUGAGGGAGGGCAGCCGGACCAGUAGAGAUGGAGAGGAUCCUUAUGGAAGGCCUGGGGGUUAUGACAGACCUCCGUACGAGCGUGGGCCUGAGCGCUACGACCACGGUGCCUCACCAUACGGUGAACGGAGGAGUUACCCAGAGGAGAGAGGAGGAGGAGGAGGCCCCACGUCGUCCCACCCUCCUCCCCCACCACCGGCUGCUCCUCCUUCCAGGAUCGAGAAGAAACCGGAGACCAAGAACGUGGAGGAUCUUCUCAAACUACCAGGCCGAGACACUCGUCCAGAAAGGAUUGUCAUCAUAAUGAGAGGCCUACCAGGAAGUGGUAAAAGUCAUGUAGCCAAGCUGAUACGGGACAAGGAGGUGGAGUGUGGAGGGGCUCCACCCAGAGUGCUGGGGUUAGACGACUACUUCAUGACGGAGGUGGAGAAGAUGGAGCAGGACCAAGAUACAGGGAAACGAGUCAAACUCAAGUGUCUGGAAUACGAGUAUGAAGCCGAGAUGGAAGACACGUACAGGAACAGUAUGCUAAAAACAUUCCGGAAAACGCUAGACGACGGCUUCUUCCCCUUCAUCAUCAUCGACGCAAUUAAUGACAGGGUUAAAUACUUUGAUCAGUUCUGGAGUGCUGCCAAGACUAAAGGCUUUGAGGUGUACUUGGCCGAAAUCUCGGCAGACUAUCAGACUUGUGCUAAAAGAAAUGCCCACGGGCGGAAGAUAAAGGAUAUUCAAAAGAUGUCCAGUAACUGGGAGUCGUCACCACGUCACAUGAUGCGGCUGGAUGUCCGCUCCCUGCUUCAGGAUGCUGCUAUUGAGGAGGUUGAGAUGGAAGACUUCAAUCCUGAUGACGAGUCGCUGAAGAAGCCCAAGAAGAAGAAGGAGGAGGAGGAAGAAGACGUUAAGGGUUACAUUCCACAAAGCAAAUGGGAGAUGGACACUUCUGAUGCGAAACUAGACAAGCUGGACGGCCUGGUGAUGGGGGGGAAGAGGAAAAGGGAGGGAGAUGACUUUCAGCUAACGGACGACUACGCCACACGCCACUCUGAGCCUGGCAAGAAGAGGGUUCGCUGGGCUGACCUCGAAGAGCAGAAGGACGCCGAACGCAAGCGCGAUAUCGGCUUUGUGGUGGGUCAAACAGACUGGGAGAAAAUCACCGACCAGAGCGGACAGAUAGCUCAGAGAGCUCUCAACCGCACGAAGUAUUUCUAGUAACAGAAGAUCAUUGCCCUCACCCCGUGCUUCUUGGUUUAUAGGUCUGCAGACUGAAUAUCAGAAGAUAUCAGGACUACACACUCUACAACAGGCCUGACGUUUAGGAAAUCCAUAGCUGUUUAUUCCAUUAUUAGAAUACAGGAUAUAGUUUUCUGUUUGCGUUAGACAUUCUUGAUGUUCAUUUAGAAUAUUUGUAGUUUUUUUUUUAUUGUCUUUCAUCCUUUCGAUUUGGUAAGUUCUUGCACCAGUGUGCUUCUCAUUUUAUACUGUACAAGCUGUAAUGUCUACGUGUAUGUUAGCACUGUUGCUUAUUUUAAGAAAUAAACUGAAGAAACAAUAAAGGUUUCACACACACAAAACAA